CCGUGAGCGUUUGCAAUUUAUUCCGGUGCUGUUAUCAGCUGUGACUGUUGCCGCGGUUGAUUGGGUUUCAUAUGACCUCGCGUGUGGGGUCAUCCAUCACUCUAUCCAUUUGUACCUGCCGUACUCGCCCGUUCUCCUCCCGAACGACACCUCGUUGGGAGUGGCGAGUCUUUUUCCUCGUGCGUGCCGGCGCGACGAUCCCCGACGCGAGGCGACGCCGCGUACUCGGAAAGGCCGCGCGCGUCACACUGAGGCGAGAAGCCAGGAAGUGGUUGCAGGGCGGAGGAUGCGAUAAACCUCACGCCGCAGCGCGGCACGGUGGCCGCGACGGCGGAGGAAGCACGUCAGUCGUCGCCAUGAAGUGCGUGUGGCUGGGCCUUGUGCUGUGCGUGUGGUCGGGCCUCGCCAACUCCGCCGAAGAAGGAGGCUGCGCCUCGCAUAAUACCUGCAACGCGUGCAUCACCGCCCCCCACUGCCAAUGGUGUUCGUCGCACGUGAUAGGAAGAUCAAAGUGUGUCCAUAAUGAACAAACCAAAACUGAAGGUUGGUGUGAUGGAACCCCUGUGGUUAUGAACUCAAGCUAUCAGCCUACACAUGCAGGAACAGAACACUCAUGGCUGUUACCAGAACGUGUUAAAAUAAACUUGCGAGUUCGUGAGGAAGUCAAAUUUAACAUUACGUACAGAAGAUUAGAUGAUUAUCCUGUUGAUCUUUACUACUUGAUGGAUUUGUCUAAUUCUAUGCGAGAUGAUAAGGAAAAUCUUUCCAAGUUGGGUGAUAAAUUAGCUGCAGUAAUGAAAAAUAUAACUCGAAAUUUUCGGUUGGGAUUUGGGAGUUUUGUGGAUAAAGUAGCAAUGCCAUUUGUGAACACUCACCCUACUAAGUUGGCAGCUCCAUGUCCAGAUUGUGUUCAACCCUACAGUUUUAAGAACCAUAUGCCUCUCACAACUGAUACUGAUUUAUUUUCAAAAAUGGUAGAUCAAACUCCUGUGUCAGGGAACGUAGAUCAUCCAGAGGGAGGCUUUGAUGCUCUUAUGCAAGCAAUGGUAUGCACUAAAGAAAUUGCCUGGCGUGAACAUGCACGCCAUUUACUUGUGAUGGCUACAGAUGCAACCUUCCAUAUGGCAGGAGAUGGCAAGCUAGCUGGUGUAGUCGAACCGAAUGAUGAGACAUGUCAUAUGGAAAAGGGUGAAUAUACUCAUGGGUUAAUAUAUGAUUACCCAACAGUGGCUCAGGAGCUUGAAAAAGUUUAUCAGAGUUUAGUUGACAAUAUUAAAGGGUCAGCCAUGGGAACUUUGUCAGCAGAUUCUAUGAAUGUUAUAGAACUUGUACAAGGUGUUUAUGAGAAACUUGUUGAAUCUGUGCAAAUGACUGAUAAUUCUGAAAGUAAGGAUGUGAGUGUAUCAUAUCGAAGUCGUUGUGUAGGAGAUUCUGGUGAACUGCACGGCACAGACACCUGUCCUCAAAUACAUGCUAGAGAAAAUGUUACGUUUGAGGUUUCUGUAAUAGUACCUAAAUGCCCUCCAAAUGCAGGAGAAAUAUGGAAUGAAACUAUAACAAUUAGUCCAAAUGGAAUAGUAGAAAACAUGGUUAUUGACCUUCAGGUUUAUUGUGGCUGCCCUUGUGAACAAGAAGGAAGCCCGGGAUAUGAAAAAAAUUCUUCAAGUUGUCAAAAUCAUGGUGAUAAAAAAUGUGGUAUGUGUUCAUGCUAUGGAGAUUAUACUGGUCAAAAGUGUGAGUGUGCUAGUGAUCAGUUUACAAAAAAAGAAUCUGUUGAUGCUUGUAUUGCAAAUGACACUGGUCUGAUGUGUAGUAAUCGAGGCUCGUGCAUUUGUAAUGUGUGUAAUUGCACAAGACGCCAAAACCCAGAAGAGCAUGUCUAUGGCACAUACUGUGAAUGCGACAACUUUUCGUGUGUUCGUUUUGAGGGGAAGAUAUGUGGUGGUCCUGAAAGAGGACAUUGUGAUUGUGGAAAAUGUAUCUGCAAUCCUGGAUGGAAGAAUGAAGACUGUAGCUGUCGAGAUACCGUGCACACUUGCAGAUCUCCUGAAAAUCCAAAAGAAUUGUGCUCUGGUGCUGGAGACUGUCAUUGUGGAAGCUGUAAAUGUCACAAGGGACAUAGUGGACAAUUCUGUGAAGAUUGUAUGACCUGCCCAGAUGGACGUUGCAAGAGUAUUGCAAGGUGUGUUGAGUAUUUGGCUUACAAUAUUGAGGAAUAUGACAAAGAACUCUGUGACCCAAAAAAUAUAACAAUAGUGGAAAGAAAGAAACACAUAAAAGAGGAUGAACGUGUUGGUCGUGAGAAGUUUUGUAGACAUCCCGAUGACUCAGGAUGUUCCUUUGUGUUCACUUAUGAGGAGUUUGAUACUGGAUUCAUCAUAGUUGUUGAAGAAGAAAAACAAUGUCCAGCUGCAGUGGAUCUGCUUGGUAUAAUUUUUGGAGUUAUUGGUGGAACUGUUCUGAUUGGUCUUCUGUCCAUUUUGAUAUGGAAACUACUAACAACCGUACACGAUAGAAGAGAAUUUGCUAAAUUUGAGAAAGAGAGAUUGCAAUCUAAAUGGGAAAGGGGGGACAACCCACUUUUUGUUCAAGCUACUUCUACAUUUAGCAAUCCUACUUUCAGUGGAAAUUGAGUAUUUUUUAAUGCAAGGUUGUGUUGUAAACACAUGACUUUCUGAAAUGAUCUCAUUCAUGAAUAUAAUUUUAUUACAAUAAGCAUUCAAAAUAAAUGAAUGAUGUAGGGGAAAUGAAGUGGAUCAACGGUAAAGUAAAGAGUCUUUUCUUGUUCCAAAGAAGAUUGACUAACAGAAUCUCAUUAGCUUACUUGCUCAUUAAGUAUGAACUUUUGAAAUUGAAUAUUUUUAAUUCUAUCUGAUUGUGAUCAAUGUACAAUAUAAUUGUAGUGACAUUUAAAAUUUUAAUGUAAUGAUUGUUAUGUUUUCCUUGAAAAUUUUAGUAUUUGCCCCUUUCAUAAAAAGGAACUACGGUUCCUGUAAUUUCUUGGUAAUAUUUCCAUUUUGUUAAUUCCUCUUCACCUUCCUCUCACCCACCUCAAUUACUUUAAUUUUCUUUUCUUUUCUUUUUUUUUUUUAAUUACCUUUCCACUGGAUGUAAAAAUACUUCAAUACAGUUCUUUGAUGCUUCUACCUUUGGCAGAAGUCAGUAGUCAAAGUUUGGAGAGCUUUGAAGCAAAAAGCUUAUGAAGCAGUCAACAGAUUAUAAAUACCAGGGACUACUUUAUGCAGAAAAAUGUCGUGGGCACAUUUGAAUUGUGUAAUAAGCUCACCAAAUAAAAUACUGAAGCCUGAAUUUGCAGUUUAAUUUUGUGAUAUCACAACCACAUAUCUUUCUUCUCUGGAUAGCUAUCAGUGUUUGACAGCCGUCUGUGGCUCUGAGUCACUGUGAUAUGCUGAUCAGACAGUAAUUUCUAGAAGUGUAAGAAAAUAAAUUGUAGGGGACAAGAUCUGAACAGUAGAGUGAAUUCUCAUAUAGUCGGCUACACAUGGCGUGGAUCACAGAUCUGUAGCAGUUCUGCUUGGGAGUGGUUGACCAUCCACUGUGUGAUCUAGGUCUCAUCCUUCAGUAGUUUCAAUCUUUUCAUACACCUCACAGAAUUUCUAUCCAUUCAGGAUUAUGCACAUCACAGGGAUGUGGAGUUGCUGGUGGUUGUUAAACACUGGCACCCAGGGAGCAGACUUACGUGAUUUAGGAUUACAAAUAUUAAUCCCACUGUACAACUUGUCUCAGUUCUGAUGGUGGAAUCAACUUUUUCCAUAAAAUUCUUUUCUUUUUGUUGCUUACCCAACUAACUUUCAGGAUACAUGUCAUGUUAUCACAACUAUCCAUUAAGGCUGAUUAUUAUAUUCAUAUUUUACAUUACUUAUAUCAAUAUUUUUCUCAUAAUUCAAGUAUGUUUUAGCUGAUUGAAUGAUACAUCAAAAUUGUAUAGAGUAUUUACAUUGCAAGCACAAUAAUUUUGAAAUAGAUUUAACACUGAAGUGGACUUAAUAUUUUAAUUUACUUAAAAUACUUGUGAGAGAAAAGAGCCUACCUUCCUUCCCUUACCUUACCUUCCUGAAAUGUCUGGUGUGGUAGAAUAUCAAUGUUGGCAGUUAGGGUUAUCAACUUGUCCCAUAACAUGUAAGUGGUUGAAUUGUGUCCUGAAUCUGAGCCCAGUGCUCAUCCUAGAGCCUUUGCUAGAUUUUUGUUUUUAUUUGUGCAAUUAAAUGUGAGAGAAACAAGGCUUUGAUCUCCUAAGACUGUGCCAUGCAUGUCCAAAUGACAAAUUGAUUCUACACCAGAAAAUAGAGAUUUGGUACUGGUAGUCCACUAUUGUGAGUACUAAAACCGAAAAAUGAGUUAAAUGUUAAUUUUUAAAUAAGGAGUUAAAAAUAUUUUUAAAUGCAUUUAAAAAGACUUUAAAUGAUUCUAGAAGUGC